UUGUUUGUUUGUUUGUUUGUUUGUAAGCACUAUUACACAAAAACUAUACAACUGAUUCCUAAAUUGUGUAAAGCGGUGUGACAUAAAUCAAAGAAGAACCUGUUUUGGUGUGGAUCCAGAUCAGGGCGUGGAGCUUUCUUCAGUUUCACAGAUUUCCCAGAAAAUAAUAAAUGGAACUUGAUGAGAAUAAAACAUCUGGUACAUUUUGUGAACUUAUACUUUGAGUUUGUGAAAUUUGGUGCAGCUUGAUUCAAUGCAAGGGGACUGUUGGGCCUUGGCGUAUGUAUGUGCUCUACUGAGUGCUGUUCUAGUUACUUAUUACUUUAAACAGUAAUCAAACCUCAUUCAAGUCGGUGAAAGAUUAUCAACAGGUAGAGAAAAAUAAAAGAAAGAGUCGUCCCAGGAUGAACUUGCAGGAAACACCGGGAGCAACUUGAACAUUAGGACCCUUUCCAGAAAAGUUAACACAAAUGUUCUUCACAUGAUUCACUUUCAUUCUUACUUCUUCCACAUGAAUAAGACUCAAAGCACAGGAACAGUUUUUUUUUUAUAGAUUCAAGUUCAACAGAAACAGAAGAAACAGCCGCCCAACUGGUUUGAGGACACAUGGAACAGUGACUUCACAGGAAUGUUUCACCUGCGAGCACAAUGACCUGGAGCAAAGGGGUGGAGCUAUCCCUGUGAGAGCAUGCAGGGUGGCAGUAUUUCUUUACAGUGCUUCCUCUCACUUCCUGAUCCCUGCACAAAUAUGUGGAGGCACAAACACAGGACAACCUGUGGUCAUUCUCUGGACCUCUGACAUAUUACCCAGCAGCAAAGAUUAUUUGCCCGUCGCUGGUGUAAAGUAUGUUCCUGUGGAAUUACCUGACAGGGCUCCUGCUGAUAGCUGCUCAGAUAUGUAAAGCUCACAUAUGUGACAAAUUGACAAAACUCAAUAUCGGCCACGCGUUCCUUGGCACCAGCGUCCAAGUUAAGUUCCGGCUGUUCACCAGGGAGAAUGCCACCUGCGGCACGCUCCUGUCCGACACCGACCUCUCUGCCCACCCCCAGUUCAACUUGUCCCGAUCCACCACCUUCAUCAUUCACGGGUACCGGCCCACGGGGUCUAUCCCUCGGUGGCUGGAUCUGAUCGUGGAGCUGCUGCUCGCCAGGACAGACACUAACGCCAUAGUGGUGGACUGGAACCAUGGAGCUACCAACCUGAACUAUUUUAAGGUGGCGGAGAACACACAGGAGGCAGCAGCCAACCUCACUGCGUUCAUCGAAAGGAUGCAGGAACACGGUGCCUCUCUGAGCUCCAUCCACUUGAUUGGAAUCAGUCUCGGUGCUCAUUUAUCAGGUUUCGUAGGCGCCAAGCUGAACGGCGCGAUUGGAAGAAUUACAGGUCUGGAUCCGGCCGGGCCUCACUACACUGGUACUGCACCAGAGCUGCGACUGGACCCCACAGAUGCCCAGUUUGUGGACGUCCUGCACACAGACAUCGAUUCUCUGGGCUACAGGGAGCCUUUGGGUCACAUUGAUUUUUAUGCAAAUGGAGGAACAGACCAACCCGGCUGCCCAAAGACCAUCUUCUCUGGAAGUUAUUAUUUCAAAUGCGACCACCAGAGAUCGGUGUUCCUCUUCCUCGGCUCGUUGAAUCAGACGUGUUCCAUCAGGACGUUCCCCUGCUCGUCCUACAGCGACUUUCUGGACGGAAACUGCCUGAGCUGUGAGCAGUUUGGUGCUGCCGGAUGUCCUGUCUUUGGCUAUGACGUUGCGCAGUGGAAAGACACCCUGGUGGGACUGAACCAAACCAAGGUGUUCUUCACAACAAAUCCAUGGUUUCCAUUCUGGACUACAGGCUACACAGUGGAUGUGGUGAUAUGGAACACCAAUAUUCAGAGUGGAUACAUGACCAUUAAACUUCAUCAUAAUGGUACAGAAGCAGUGGCGACCAUUGACCAUAAAUCCUCACAGUUUGAGAAGUACACAGAGACCAAGUUGUUCGCCCAGUUUGACAAAGACAUUGAGUCAGUGGACAAAAUGUCCGUCAAGUUCUCCACUGGGAUCGGGCUCAAGCCCAAAUAUAAGCUGCGUGUUCUGCGAAUCCGUCUCACACAUCUGGAACUCAAGAAAACGGCUCUCUGUCGAUAUGACCUCCUUCUUGAGGCGAACACGGAGGUCACCUUCAGGCCGAUUCCCUGCGAAGAAUCCAACUUCUGAGGCACAAUCAGACCUUGUGUCAAAAAACGUUACUGUUUGUCCUGAGAGGUUCAGCUGCCUCGUACAGGAAAACAAGAAGGACUGAGAGAAGAAAAAUCACAUGGACCCGCCAGUCAAAUAUUUACAGAAAAAAUGAAUGUGAUAUACCAAUGUACAUACUGUAUAUGUGUUUUUAAGAGAAAAUAUAUAUGUUUAUAUGUGUGUUUGUCUGGGAAAAGGACUAUAUUUGACUUUCACGAAAUAAAUGUUCACACGUUGAAAUAUUCAUAUCAAAUGACCUGUGAUGAAAAGUUCUGAGCCAUUUUAAACAUUUCACGUUGCUACCAACAACAUAUUUAUUUGUGUAAAUGAGAAUUUUUAAUAAACAAAAACAAAAAUA